AUGCGCUUCUCUGCCAUUGCAGCGGGGUUUGCGGCCAUAGGCUCUGUCAUUGCCGAAGAUCUACUCUUCUUGGACGACCUCGUUGGGAAUGAAGAAGAGCAUGCCAUUGCCCUCGGAUUCACGACCAAGGUGGUCACAGAAACAGAAUGGCGCGCCAUGAAGACCUCUGACUUUGCAGCCUUCAAAGCGAUCAUCAUCGGGGACCCCUUCGGUUCUGGUGAUGUGAGUUUGAUCCAGGUUCUGGAAGACACGAACACUAUUUGGGGCCCUGCUGUCACCGGAAACGUCAUCAUACACGGUGCCGAUCAAUCCAACCACGAUUCAUUUGGCGUCGCCGGUGCGGCUGUACUCAUUGACAACAGUAUCAAGUUUGCCGCCGCCGGGGUCUCUCCAACCGGUUCCUCUCAGACUGGAUUCUAUCUGUCCCUUUCGCAAUAUUACAAUACGGCGGCACUUGAUACCCCCGUACCAGCGCUUUCCUACUUUGGAGACUUCAAAGUCUUUGGCCAGGACAACAAUGGUCAAGGAGGGUACAACGCAAUUCACAUCGUUGCCUCGUCGCCCGCAAUCGACACGCUCACCGACGAUGAUCUUUCGAACUGGUCCUUCAGCACCCAUGAGGCGUUCUCAUCCUACCCCUCGGUCGGCCAGAAUGGUUUCCAGGCACUGGCAAUCGCGGACGGAGUCAUCACCACCGGCACUCAGAAUUAUGGUGAUGGCCAUUCUGGUCUCCCAUACAUUCUAAGUCGCGGUGCAACGCCAGCAGGCUGCGGCGACGGAAAGUUUGAUCCUUCUCUGGGCGAAGAGUGCGAUGACGGCAAUACAGUGGAUGGCGACGGUUGUUCCAAGAGUUGUAAAUGUGAGAGCGGCAUUGCUAAUGGAGAUGGCACUUGUGGCUCCGUCACAACCACUAGCAGUUCGACUACUUCCACCACGACCUCGACCUUUUCGACCAUGUCCUCUAGCACGACCACCACCUUCACAACAUCUACCCUGUCUACCACAUCUAAGACCUAUUCAAACACGACUACCUGGUCGACGGGAGUGAGGCCUACCACUUCAAUUAUCACCUUGGAAACGACGACCACAGGCAGUCAAGUUACCACGACCACCUCGAGAAAAGCCUGGACUGCUCCCCCUUACGUUACGCCUUCCGUCCCCAGGUCGAGGUGCAUUGGCAUUGAGGUCAUCGUCUCAGUGACCGAAAUCGAACAAUGUAGCACCAUUGACGCUACUAGCACAGUCACGUACACCGCCACAAGCGUGCUCUCGACGUUCCAGAAGCCCAUCUACAAUACGCCUAUUUCAUCCAUGCCCUGCUACGUGUGUGCAUUUGAGUCACAGGGCAUCACUGUGACGGAUUUCAUCACAGCUACAACAACUCAUUGUCUGUCCAAGCCAACGGCAGAACCAGCAGUCAUCUACCCUUGCUCGACAUGCCAGGGCACGAGCUUGACGGCAUCAUGCCCCUGGAAAGUCACGCCGACCUGGUCCCUCCAGCCAUACACCACGUACGGACCUGCUGGGAAUGAACACGAAGAAGGACAUCCCCACCACGGUGGCUAUUCUGCCACGGUCGCUGCGACGGCGUUGACUUACGGAAACGCGCCUAGUUCCCCUCCGCAGUACAUUCCGGGUGCUUCACCUGCGGCAUACACUCCCAGUGGCUAUCCUGCUGCAUACACUCCCGCAAACACUCCUGUCGCUGCGGCGUCAAUCAGCUAUGAAGCAAGUGCAGCCUCAGGUCCCCCAUCAGCAAGCUCCUCCGGCUGGGCUCCGGAUGCGACGUCGCUGGUGGCCGCCUAUACAGGUGCGGCCUCUAAGCCCACAGGGUUGGUGGGAGCGUUGUUGCUCGGAGCAGGGGCUGUUGCAGUUAUCGCCAUCUAG